GGGGGAUUCGCGUUUUACCGCUAUGUGGCAGUCGAGUUUUGAACUUCUACCUGUGCGCAAGUCUUUGGCCGACGUCGACGACGCCGAGUGGCAGAGACCGGAUCAGAGACCGAGUCAUCAGCCCGUCAAGCAUCGUGUGUGAACAACCGGGGAGUAGACAAGACAGAAAGUCACUUAGUUUGUGUCAGCCGCGGUACGGUAAAGAGACUUGAAUGCGAGUUUGUUGUUUAAAAAAAAAUCGUUCUUAGGAAUAAUUUCCUCUGUCGUUUAGAAUCCGGUGCUUUUGGUGAAUUAAAAAGCGGAAGUGGGUUCCCCGUACAAGAAGGAAGAAAAGCGACUAGCUGGAGUGCAAUUUCUGCAAGUGUUUAUCAGUCGAUCGAGUGAUCUUCGCGUGCUGUAGCGUGCUUGUACAAGAAAAGCGUCCCCGUCAGGAGCAAGUGGAUCGAUCGGUACAUUGCUCUUUCUCGAGAGUUUGAUCGCGUGGAAACUGGAAAUAAGCCGAAGAAACGGUCUAGUAGAAAAAUAGUAGUAGUAGUAGUAGCAGUAGCAGUAGCAAAACAGGAGGAUUUGAGUGCAAUUCUGAAGUGUGUCGUUACGUCUUAUGCUGAACAGCGCAGUUUCGAAUUGAGAAAGUGGCUUCGAAUAAGUGAUACAAACGCCUACAUGCGGAAAUAAUCGAGAAAUAAGUGGGUUUAAAUUUGUGAGAUUGGAUUGAUGUUUAAGCAAAAAAAAGCGGUAAUUAUCAGUUUACACUGUCCACAAAAUUGUUGAUCGGGUAGUGAAGUUUCAGAAGCGGUGGAAAGUAUCUUGGAGUCGGAUUCGGAAAAAAUACACUGAAAUACUUGCGUUGAUUGGUGCACUUUGAAUUUCAGAGAAAGAAGAAAGAAGCCCCUGAAAUACAUUAUUUUUUUUUCCUUACACCUUGAUAGGGAAAACAUCUCAGCCCCACAACCGCAGUCACUUGGGGGGACGAAGGCCGUCACAAGUUUGAUCUUCGGAACAAUUUCUUAUGCUAUUCUCGGUAGUGUGUGCCAGUGUGCGUAUGUGUGCUCCCCCAUAGUAUCAUAGUGGAAAGUAGAAGUAUUUCACAAUCAUCGUUCUCGUUCGGUCAACGGCGGCGAGACGAAAACGCUGCAGCUCCAGUCGGAAGUCAGCCAACAAUCCAAAACGAUAAGAGGGGAAACCGCGAGAAAGACCGGCGUGGAAGAAAGAAACAACAAAAAAAAACACGAGUAGGUGAAUUGAAAGCAAACCAGACGCGUAAAAAGAUACAACAGCCAACCGUGGCAGGAAGAGAAAAUUAAAAGCGGAGAAAUUAAAAAGGUAAGCACCUCUAUCAAUCCGGAAAUGUGACAAUCAAAUGAGAUCACAAUGCGCAUCCGACAUUGCUUCGACCGUCUCAGCCAAGGAAGAAAAGAUGAUUAAAUCAGUGGCUUAUCAAGAAAGGUAAUUCCUUCCUUCGAUAAUUGCCUCCGUGGUCCAUCAUAAUAGCAUACUGGGAAAAUCACUUGUGCCGGUGUGUGCCGUAAAGUAGCUGAAGUCCCGGGUAGAGAGAGAGAGAGAGAGAGAGAGAGCUUUGAAGAGAAAUCAUACGAGGUCAGGCGUGGUCCGACUCGCACCGGAAGAUAGAUUGGCUCAUAGGUACUUUAUGAAGUUGCGCAGCAAUCGUGCUCCGACCGACAAGGAAAAAAGCAGCACCGAUGUGAUCUCCAUCAGGUCUCUGUGAGCUUAGAAGGUUACACUUCCAUCUUGGAUGCUAUUAUUACCGUAAUGCUCCCGCGUACGUCGUCAGGAUUCCAACGCCAUUUACCGUACCGUUAGAAUACAGCACCAUCACCACAAAAAAACAACAACAACCUGUUCUACGUAAUCGAUCACAAUCGAUCACUCCAGUACGUAUGAAACUGUAAGUUCAGUCGGGCAACGAAUAAGGAUUGCUUCAGUACACCCAGAUUGCCGCUAUUACAGCGCCAACAUUCAUCAACAUUCCCGUAACCAUCCAACGUUCGGACGUUCCAGGGCUCAUUUUUUCACCGUGUCGUCAAAUAAACCCGUUACGGAUAUUCCGCGGACGCCGCCACCCUCGCCACCACCCCCCAAACCGAUUAAAGAUGUGAUAGUGCCACAAGCGGCGGCCACCUUCAGCCAGCAGAUUGCAAACUACUUCCUCCGCAUACGUCGCCGCACGACACAGGUUGUCCACCAUCAGGAUAGCAACCCUUUCCUCACGUCCCCCCAUCCACCGGACGGAUCGAAAACCAACUGCUCCACCUCCACCUCCUCCUCCUCUACGGCAAUGGCCGCCACAGAUGGCCAAAUAAUACUGGCGGCAUCUCGUUUUGGUGACACGCAACCAGUCUAUCUGAAAGAUUUCGCCAAAACCGACCUGCCGGCAGUCGGUAAGGUCGUCAAGGGCCAGUAUUACAAUUUGGGUGUGCCGACACUUUCGAAUCCGUCACUUCAGAGCACCGCUUUGUUUCUGAAUGCCGGUAGAAAAUAUCAGAUCCUGGCGCAACCGGUCAAGAUCAAGGAAGGUCGCAAGAGUUCCAAUGUCGGCCCGAAGGUUCUCAUUCCCGAAACUUAUCCCGGCUUUUUCGAACUUCUCAGUGAAGAUGGUCGGUCGACACGUUGCAUAGAAAGUGUACUGGAACUUUCGAAACGAAGAAAUUUUCGUGUUUUGGUGCGCGAAACCGUUCGCUGCAAUCACAACAGCAAGUCGCUACAUGCUGGCGAAAUUCUCACGACGAUCUCAGACAACGGCAAGUAUCUGCAAUGCAAAACGUCCAAGGACGAAAUCGUCAGUUUGCCAUUAGAAGCCAAAGCCAAAUUUUCCCCUAUUGCUAAAGAAGAUAGUAUUAGCGGUGUACAUUCAGUCAGCAAUCUGUUGCAGAAACGAAUGCCAGUAACUGUUAGGUUAGUUCACGGAACGGCACCCAAAGGAAUGAAACAACCAUUCAUACCGGAACUGCGUCUGCUGGGAUGCGUCGAGGUUGAUCGGAUAUUUGCCUUACCUCUUCAGAAAGAUAUGGAUUUGAUAUCGGUUCCACUGAAUGCCAAGAUCAAGAUCCAAAGGGCCAAGAAUAUGGACCAGUUGGAUCACUUCAUCGAGUAUUCCCGCUUCUUGGAUAAAGCGCAACGGCUGCUGGUAGAUGCGCGUGACAGACUGCAGAUAAUUGAUCUGAAAUUGGGUGAGAAGGAAAAGAAGGAAACGACGAAACAGACAGGCAAUAGAAAGGUGACUUCCAGUCUAUCUAGUUUGACCGCCAAUGGCUAUGUACUGAAGAAAAGCAACAGCUGUGAUUCGAAUCGGUUUUCACCGCCACUGAACGGUGGCAGUCAAAACGGAUCGAUUGCCGAUGAAUACGAUGAAAUUGACCAGAUCUACGACUAUGUUCGUGGACUAGCACCGUUACCGAAGAACCUUAACAAGUUUGAGGCGAUAGUGGAACCUGUUUCGUCACCGGCUUUCACUCCGGUGGCCACUCACCAACAUAACCUCAAAACAGUCGAAAACAUGAAAUUUUCCAGCAAUAGCAUUAACAACAAUUACAGUCACUACGAUACAGGCAACUACUCGAACAUAAUCAAACACAACAACAGCAGCAGCAUCAUCAUGAACGGCAAUAGUUUAGAAUCGACGAAGCACAGUUCGGCCACGGCAGCUGCCAACGCUGCCAACAACAAUCAUAUCAUCGUUCACAAGGAGGAACACAAACCGAUUCCACCUCCGAUCGAAACCAUUCCGGGCAAAAAAUUACCAGAAAAACGGCAACGACCGACGCUACCGAAAUUGUACUUCAAAAACAACAUCGGUGUGCACCAGAAAAGUCCCACCACCGGUGCUGCGGUCAGUCCGAUGGGUGGCCCUACUGGUGGACAUCCCGGGCAGCUGAUCGUCACCGGAACACCCAAAGAGAUUCUGUUGGAACCGCAAAGUCCACUGUUUCAUAUUCGAUACAAAAGUCUCAGCUCGUUGCAACUGGCCCAGGAUUCCCAUCUGCCGACACCGAUCUCGCCCUCGCCGAAGGGCACCCAGGAGAAGAAUCACAUGCUCUCCAAGUCGGCCAGUACCGGUCGGGAAGGAACACUGGACUCGUCCCGUAGCGGUGGCCGCACUUCGGGUGAUUCCAAAUUGCCAGAGAAGAAAACCCGUCGGUUGAGUCGACCGCGCAGCCUCUCGAACCUGGUGUGGGAUUUGCGUCCACACAAAUCGGACAAGUCAAAGAAGAAGCUCUAUUUGCAUCAGUUCGAUCGGCAGCAGGGAACUCUGUAUCUAUGAGGCUAGCCGGGUUCCGCCAGGGAGUUGCUAUGUGAAGAAAAAAAGUUGAAAAGAUUUCGUCAUUAAUUUUAGUCAAAAAGUCAAAAGAUUUGUUACUGUCCAUUCCAGUGAAUCAAGGUUUAUUCACCUAUUAAAAGCUCCAUUCCAUGUGACCCUAGGAAACACAAUCAUUUAUAACAGAGAGUAUUGCAUGGAAAAUUUUACUAAUCAAUCGAUGCCAUUAAAAUACAUCACAUGCAGAGCCUAGUUCUGCACCAAUUGGAUCAGUUUUCCGUUUCGUUUCUACUCAUGUAAAUUCAGUGUUCAUUUAAAACUGCCAGGAAUUUUUACUUCUAUUUUGUCCAUCAAUAUUAUUACAAGAUAGUUUUUGAAACUCAUAUUUUUAGUUAGAUUAUUAAACUUAAAACAAAAGAAGGAAACAUCCAAAACCGAGCAAUAAUGAGUUCAGUAUCAAGGAAAUGGGCUCUGCAUACAUUUUUGUUUUUUUUUUUUCGUUAAAUUAUGCAUCUUAACAUAAAUACAAGGCAUUAUGAUAAAUAAGCGCUAUACUUGUUAGGGUGCGCAUGCUGUUGGAUUAAAUUGAAACUAAACAAAACGAUAAAGCAAAGAAAACUCAUAUAUCAAACAGUUUAUAGUUUUACUUUCGCCAUUCGUCGUUAAGGCUGUGGUAUUAUUACUAAUAAUGUGCUGUUUAAGUGACUUAACAUACAAACUAAAUGACAAACGAUUCAAGCGAAAUUAAGCGAAAAAGGUUUGCACCCAAUCAAUCGUUUAAGCUAACGGUUUGAUAGGAGUUAACACAGUAAACGAAACAAAGAUACUAUUGAACUAAUUUUUAUCGAAACUCGUCUACCGUCAAUCAAUUGUGUUUAACCUGUGUUGAAAAGUUUAAGUUCUUUUGCUUUUCCGAAUGUGCGACAGUCGCAGGAAUUGUCCGAUUGUGCCGUUGGAUUGACGCAAUUUGUAGAAUGAUUCCUCAGUGAGAAGCAAAUGAAAUUUCCACUUUUCAAACCAAACAGUUUUAAUAGUCCUUAUUAUGAAAUGCUAGCAAUUUAACAAAGUAGAACUUGGUAAGGUUUUAACUCAAACAAAACAGAUUGGAUUGGACUUUUCGUUUUGUUCCUAACUUUGAAAAGAGAAAAUAAAAACAAACACAAACUUUGCUAUCUUUGAAAUGUACAACCAUUGGCAAACAAAUCUCAAAUUAAGUGUAUUUGUAGCGUGAGAGGAAAAACGGCAUGUUCAUUCUUUAUGCGUAGUGUGUGACCUUUCGAAAAUCUGUAAACAUUGUAAUUGAAAGAUAUCCAGUUCUUAAAUAUUCAAUUCAAGUCUAUUGA